CUCUCCGCUCCGCUCCGUUAAUCUGCUCACGGUAAUAAAAAGUAACGGACAGGUCAGAGGCAGAAGGAUCCAGCACGUCAGUCUCUACCGAGGACCGACUGUUCGCAGACGCUGACAGGACCGCGGGGCUGUUUUUAUCUUGAACUAACACCGAUAUCGUUUUUAAAUGCUCGCACAGCUGUGAUCAGACAAGCAGAGAAGAUGAUGAUCUCCCCGUGGGACCGCUGGUACUCCACAAGCUGCUGUCUAUGCUGCCAUGUCCGCACAGGAACCAUCAUCCUGGGGGUCUGGUACAUGCUCAUCAAUGCCGUGGUGUUACUCAUCCUGCUCACAGCGCUCAGUGAUCCUGAGCAGUACCAUCUGACCAGCGCUGAGUUGGCUAAUGACCUGGAUGUCAUGGAUGACGCCAACAUGUGCAUUGCCUCGGCGAUCUCUCUGCUGAUGAUACUUAUAUGUGGGAUGGCAACAUAUGGUGCAUACAAGCUGCGUGCCGCCUGGAUCAUCCCAUUUUUCUGCUACCAGAUAUUUGACUUUGCUCUCAACACCCUGGUCGCUGUCAGCAUUGUGGUUUACCCAAACACGAUACAGGAUUACCUGCAGCAACUGCCUGAUAACUUCCCUUACAAAGAGGAGAUUGCUGCUCUCAGUAAUGUCUGCUUGGUCUUCAUCGUGCUGCUCUUCAUCGGCUCUAUUCUCGGCUUUAAGGCCUACCUGAUAGCAUGUGUGUGGAACUGCUACAGAUAUGUGAGCGGCCGGGGUUCUUCUGAAGUUCUGCUCUAUGUCACGACCAAUGACACCACGGUGCUGCUGCCUCCGUAUGAUGACAGUCUUAGCCUCCCUCCCAAGCAGGCUCCUCCACCGUACACCACCGCUACGGCAUGAAAACAUUCCCAGCAUCCUGCUGACUGGACCCUGCUGUUAAUAAAACCCCCAGCAAGAUUAAUGCACCACACUGCCUCUCCAGUGUACAGUAUAUUCAUGGAUAUAUUGAAGCUACACAAACAUUACAGCACACCCAUGCAUGCAGCGAUACAUACGUACAUGCACACACCUCUACCACCACCGUGACCUCUCAUCCCCUCCUGUUAUUUAUUGAUGACCUUAUGUUCUUACUGUAGCUCUUCCAUAUGUCCGUUCUGUUUAUAUAAAUCCAGACAUGAUGUGCAUUUUAAUGCAUUUAGAUCUGGUUGUAAUAAGGCCCUAGAAAGUUUGAUAGAUUCUAUAUAUUUUUAUCAAUGCUAUUUAAGCUCUGUGUGUACCUGUAAUAGUAUUUUAUGUGUGCUAUCUUUCAUAUUCAUAUCUAACUUAUGCACAAAUGCAAAAAUGACGAUCUUAUUGCCCACGGUAAUGAGUGAAGAGUCGUCCAGUGUUUCCUGUUUGUCUUGUCUCUGCUCCUGAUCAGGGUUGGAUUGCCUUUAUUCACAACUUUCUAUCUGAUGGGGUGCCCUUUAUAGAUCCAUGUGUGAAGUGUCACCUGGACUGGAAGUUUUCCCAAAGAAAUGCGUCUGCCUGUAUUCUGACAUGAUCAAAGAGCAACCUAGUGUAUAUCGAACAUAUCACCUUCUUUUACUGUUUUAUUCAUUUAAAAAUCAGAAUUGUCUUGUGUUAAAAAAAUCAGGAGUGUCGAGCUGUGCUGGCUGACCUUCAUAACUUUAAAUGUAACUGUGUGUUUCUACUGAUAGACGAGAAAUGUCUUGGGCUGCUAUUUAUCUAUUUUGACAGCACUGAUCUGGAAUCAGUUUGCUCUUUGAAGUCACUAUGAAUUGGUUUCUCGAGGGAAUCUUGUGCAAUGACUGUCGAUCGGGCCUCUAUACGCUCAGGAGCUCAGUAAAUAUGGACCCGGUUGUGUUUUUUCAAUUAAACCAAUGGGACCUUCUGGUCUUUGUAAACACACAAGUCUGCUCCACCAGAUGCAGUUAUUGGCAAGCUGCUUCUUAGACACAAAAUGUCCUGCAAGGACACAAAAAUCAAACUUGAGGGCUGCUGCUGUAUGAAAAAUAAAGAUGUGACAUUUAUUUGUCUAUUAAAGUCUAAUUUCA